AUGGAGCAAAGGAUGAAAAAAGAAUUAACACAAAAGGAAACAAGAGAAAAUGAGUUGCGUGACCAGCUUAGGGAAAGGAAGGAGCAGGCUGUUGACUGUCAGAGACAUUUGAGCGGGAUGGAACAGCAAUUGUCAGAAAAAAACAACCAAAAGGAAACUUUAUUGAGACAACUUAGAGAGAUGGAACAACGAUCGAGAGAGGUUACAGCGGAGAAUGAGAUGAGAGAAAACGAGUUUCGUGAACAAAUCAGAGAGAGAGAGCAAGAACUGAGGGAGAUGGCACAUCAGUUAACUGCGAAGGAGCAAAAAGAGGAGAACUUACGCAUGCAAAUGGAUGGAAUGGAACAGCAAUUGUCAGAAAAAAAACAACCAAAAGGAAACUUUAUUGAGACAACUUAGAGAGAUGGAACAACGAUCGAGAGAGGUUACAGUGGAGAAUGAGAUGAGAGAAAACGAGUUUCGUGAACAACUCAGAGAGAGAGAGCAAGAACUGAGGGAGUUGGCACAUCAGUUAACUGCGAAGGAGCAACAAGAGGAGAACUUACGCGUGCAAAUAAGGAUGCACUUAAUGGAACAACGGCUGAGAGAAGAAAUGAUAGAAGAAGCUACUAGGCUAGGUGAACAGCUUAGAGAAAGGGAUCAACAAAUAGAAAACUUUCAGAUGCAGUUGCAAGGGCUACGUGAACAACUCAGAGAAAAGGAUCAGCAUUUAGCAAACGUUCGAACGCAGAUGGAAGAGCAAGAACUACCCAGGAAAGAUUUUCGGCACCAACUUGGAGAAAUUGUAGCAGAAAAUGCAAAUCUACGACAACAGCUUGUUAACCUCGAGAAUCAAACCGGAUCACAGUCCAAUGAUUGGGUAAUUUCCCGGGUUGAUAUUCAGUUGACUGGUAAAAGCCUUGGAGUUGGAGGGUGGGGCGAGGUUUUCGAGGGCAGGUACUGUGACUGUUCUGUUGCUGUGAAGCGAAUCCAUGAGGCAAUUAAUUCGCCUCACAACCUGAGUUUGUUCCACAGAGAAAUUGAUAUUGCUUCAAGAUGCCGACACCCUUGCUUGCUACAGUUUAUCGGAGCGACUGAUGACGAGGAAAUUCCAUUGUUUGUUACUGAGCUGAUGGAAUCAAAUUUGCGCGAGCUACUGGGACAACGACCUCUUUCGCGCAAGGAAAUCACCGUCAUUUCGCUCGAUGUGGCUCGAGCGUUGAACUACCUCCACCAAAAGAAACCUUUUCCCAUUUUUCACCGCGAUGUUAGUAGCGGCAAUGUGCUGCUAUGGCGACAGGCUAGCCAGUGGCGAGGCAAAGUGUCAGAUUAUGGUUCUGCUAAGUUUGAGGAACGGUUCAUGUCAAUUGGCCCAGGAUGUUUCGCCUACAGUGCGCCUGAAGCGCAGAGACCAGCAAAGCAUACAGCAAAGGUGAGAAAAUAAGCUUACAGAAUUCCUUGGAGACACUUUUUAAAAACAUGAACCCUUUACAAUUAAGGAUUAAACGGUAUUUGUGUAACUUAGUCUUAAGUCGUGUGGUCGGUCGACGCAAAACGGCAAAGUUUGUUCAGUCUACAUAAAACGGCAGAGUGUGCUCAGUCUACACAAACGGCAAAGUAUGCUCAGUCUACACAAACGGCAGAGUGUGCUGGGUCUACACAAACGGUAAAGUGUGCUCAGUCUACACAAACGACAAAGUUUGCUCCGUCUACACAAACGGCAAAGAGCUUGUGAAAACAACAAUCUUAUUUCACUGUCUUUUCUUGUCCUGCUUUUUAGAUUGAUGUCUACAGUUUCGGUGUUCUCCUCUGUGAAAUGUGCAUUCAGACAUUCCCGGAUUAUCAAAACCGUGAACGUCAAAUCGCUCAGAUGACAGACCAGCUAUUGCAAGACCUCGUCCGCCGAUGUGUGCGGUAUGAUCCCAUUGAAAGACCAGACAUGACAGAGAUUAUCAGUACAUUGGAAGAGUUCAAUAAAACGUUGUAAGUUUGUCGGGGCAUGUUUUUUUUAAACCAUUAUCAUUGUCAAUUGUCAAGUUUAUGGAUGAAGAGAAAGCAAGACUUAAGAAAAAAACUUCGAAAUUCAACAACAUUUAUUCGCACAUACAGCUG